AUGGACAGUGCCACCGUGGCCAACGGGGCCGCGGACCCCAAGCCGGACGCGGACACCGUGCAGGUGCUGCGGGACCUGGCCAACCGCCUGCGGAUCCACUCCAUCCGGGCCACGUGCGCCUCCAGCUCCGGCCACCCCACGUCGUGCUGCAGCGCCGCCGAGAUCAUGGCGGUGCUCUUCUUCCACACGAUGCGCUACAAGCAGGCGGAGCCCGAGCACCCGGACAACGACCGCUUCGUCCUCUCCAAGGGCCACGCGGCGCCCAUCCUCUACGCGGCCUGGGCCGAGGUGGGCGACAUCAGCGAGGCCGACCUGCUGAGCCUGCGCAAGAUCCACAGCGACCUGGAGGGCCACCCGACGCCCCGGCUGGCCUUCGUGGACGUGGCGACCGGGUCGCUGGGCCAGGGGCUGGGCGCCGCGUGCGGCAUGGCGUACACGGGCAAGUACUUCGACCAGGCCAGCUACCGCGUCUUCUGCCUGCUGGGCGACGGCGAGUCCUCCGAGGGCUCCAUCUGGGAGGCGCUGGCCUUCGCCUCCCACUACAGCCUGGACAACCUGGUGGCGGUCUUCGACGUGAACCGCCUGGGCCAGAGCGGGCCCACGCCGCUGGAGCACUGCACCGACACCUACCAGAAGCGCUGCGAGGCCUUCGGCUGGACCACCUACCUGGUGGACGGCCACGACGUGGAGGCCCUGUGCCAGGCCUUCUGGCAGGCGGCGCGGGUCAAAAACAAGCCCACGGCCAUCGUGUCCAAGACCUUCAAGGGCCGGGGCAUCCCGAACGUGGAAGACGCCGAGAACUGGCACGGGAAGCCCAUGCCCAAAGAGAGGGCGGAUGCCAUCGUCAAGCUGAUCGAGAGUCAGAUACAGACCAACAAGAACCUCGCCCCGAAACCCCCCGUGGAGGACUCGCCCCAAAUCAGCAUCAGGAACAUAAAAAUGACCUCGCUGCCCGAUUACAAGCUCGGCGACAAGGUGGCCACGGAUCAAGCCUACGGCCUGGCUCUGGCCAAGCUGGGCCGCGCCAACAAGAGGGUCAUUGUCCUGGACGGCGACCCGAAGAACGCCACCUUCUCCGAGGUGUUCAAGAAGGAACACCCCGAGCGUUUCAUCGAGUGCUUCAUGGCGGAGCAGAACAUGGUCAGCGUGGCCCUGGGCUGCGCCACGCGCGACCGUACCAUUGCUUUUGUCAGCACCUUCGCCGCUUAUCUGACCCGGGCCUUUGAUCAUAUCCGCAUGGGAGCCAUAUCCCAAACCAAUAUCAAUCUGAUCGGCUCCUACUGCGGGCUAUCCAUUGGUGAAGACGGGCCCUCCCAGAUGGCCCUGGAGGAUCUGGCCAUGUUCCGAAGCAUCCCCAACUGCACUGUCUUCUACCCGAGCGAUGCUGUCUCAACAGAGCAUGCUAUCUAUCUGGCUGCCAAUGCCAAAGGGAUGUGCUUCAUUCGGACUGGCCCACCAGAAAUUGCAGUCAUUUAUGCCCCAGAAGAACAUUUUGAGAUUGGACAGGCCAAGGUCAUCCGCCACAGUGACAAUGACAAAGUCACAGUCAUUGGAGCCGGAGUUACUCUGCAUGAAGCUUUGGCAGCUGCUGACCGUCUCUCUGAACAAGGCAUUUCCAUCCGUGUCAUUGACCCGUUUACCAUCAAACCCCUGGAUGCUGCCACCAUCAUCUCCAAUGCAAAAGCUACCAGUGGCCGGGUUAUCACAGUGGAAGAUCACUACCGGGAAGGUGGCAUUGGAGAAGCAGUGUGUGCAGCUGUCUCUGGGGAGCCCGACAUCCUUGUCCAUCAGCUGGCAGUGUCAGGAGUCCCUCGAAGUGGGAAACCUUGCGAAUUGCUGGAUAUGUUUGGAAUCAGUGCCAGACACAUCAUAGCAGCUGUGAAACACACUUUAAUGAAUUAA